AUGUUUUGUAUUUGUGGAACGUUAAUCUAUAUCAAAUCCAACAGCAGCAAAGUGGAAUGCCUCCGAUGCAAGAGAGAAAAUAGUAUCGAGAUGAUAAAGCCUGUCUUCACCGAAAUUGAAGUUCAAAGAGAUUCUCAUAUAGAAGUCAUAGAAGUGGAAGGUGCAAAGAUAAAGCAUCGAUGUCCCGGGUGCGGUGCUGAAGAAAUGAUGUACAAUACAGUGCAGCUGAGAUCUACCGACGAGGGCCAAACAGUCUUCUAUUCCUGUGAAUGUGGAUACAGGCUCACAGUCGAAUCGUAA